UGUUCUGUGAACUGGUGGCGGAGGAAGGAAUGGGAUAUUCUCAACUUUGAGAUGUUUACCCUCUACUUCAGGAAAACACACAUACUAAAGUGUGGCCAUUGGGGGAACCAUGGGCUGAGUCACAUCUGCCCACAGCUGCAGCUGUUUGCAUCCCUGGGCACCAAGGUCUGAAACUCGACCUUGGCAAGGACCAGCCCUACCCCCUUGGAGGAAAUGGCUGGGCAGCCUCAGCAACAGCAGAUGAAAACUUCCUUCCUCUUCAUCCAGCUGCAGGCUCCCCCUGUCCGGGCUCUCCCCGCCCAGUCUCCAGCCUCUGCAGCCAGCAUAGCAGCCCCAGGGGGCCUGGAGGAGAGAAACAUGCUCCCAAGUCCCAGGGCGGGCUUCUUGGCAAGCAGGGACCUCGGGAGAACACAGGGCUUGGCUGCUUCUCCUUCAAGCCUGCAGCAGGAGGCAGGCCCUGGGACAGAGCGAGAGGCUGCAUUUGGCUGCUCUGCUCUGAAGGAAAAGAAGACGGGGGAGGAAAAGCCCCAGGACCUGGACACGACCAGGGGUGUCUGCGGCUCCCCCCAUCGUGGGCAUUGUCCACCCCCAGCCUCUAGGAAACUUGGCUGGCAAGAGCCCCUGCCAUGCGGGCGUCCUAGCCCAGCUCCCGGCAUGAGCAAUGAAAGCAGUGAUCCCUGCCCAGGUUGGAAUCACUGGCCGAUCCUGUCUGUCCCCCAGGACCUGUGGGGCAUGGACACCCUGUGUGGGAAUGCCUUGGGAUGCUCCAUUCCACGGGCUGUCCUGGCCCAUGCUGCUGAUGACAGGGAACGGGCCAUCCGGAGGAGAGGGGCUACGACCCGCCAGGUGCUCCCCAGGAACUGUGAGGAAGGCACAGGUACUUCAAUGCUGGCGACAUGGGCACUGGUCUACAGGGACUGCCCUGCCAUCCAGACCAGCAUGGGCUGCCCAGCCCCACCUGCUGCUCUGCCUCUCAAGGCAGAGACAUUUGUUUGGGUUAACAAUGUGUCUGCACAUUCCCAGAGUGUUGCCAAGGCCAAAUAUGAAUUUUUAUUUGGCAGACCUGAAGAGAAAACUCCAGAUACCAGUGAUCAUGGAGGAAGCACUUUACUCCCACCGAAUGUCACCAAUGAAUUUCCAGAAUAUGGGACCAUGGAGGAAGGCGGAGAAGGCCUAAGAACUUCUCUGGAGUUUGAUGCCGAGUCUCUGCCAUGCCACCCACAAGGGCAGCAUGGGGUCCACCUUCCUGGUGGCCACCACUCUGGGCUCAACAGUGUUACAGAAGGACAAAAAGAUGUCAGAGAGGCCCCCUCUCAAAGUCACCUCAAGGAACAAAGUUUACAACCCAUUGACUCUUUGAUUUCAGCUCUGAAAGCCACAGAGGCCAGAAUAGCUUCAGGGACAUUUCAGGCUACAAAGGUACUGAACAAAGACGGUGUUUCUAAUUUUUCAGCUCAACAGGUAGAAAAAGAGCUGGACACUGCCAAUUGUAGAACACAGAGAGCCAAUAAACUACUCCCUGCUAGCCAAGAAAAGUCACCAGACAUACCUCGUUCUGCUGAAGUAACAACUGAGGACAAUUUUUAUUUGAGCAUCCAGAAGGAUCUGACUGCGUUGUUGACUGGAGACACUCAGGCAGAGCUUUCCCAGAUAACUAAGAGUGGGAGAGAAGGGGCAGCAACAGUGUCCUCCCUGGGGAGCCCAGCAGUGACCCACAACUCUGUGGGCAGUGUCGGUUUUUUGAAGGAGCAGAAGUCUUCUCUCGGGAGAGGGCACCCGGAGAGAUAUGAUCGAGGCAGCUCCCUGGGACGCCCAGGCCGGAUCAAACAUGUGGAAUUUCAAGGGGUGGAGAUACUGUGGUCAGGAGAUAAGAGAGAGACUCAGUAUCCUGUUGAUUUUGAAACAUCACUGGAAAGGACAGCCUGUCCUGUAAGCAAAGAGUUUUCCAAAGUGCCAAGCCAGUUCAUCUCAUCUGCUGGUUUGUGCUCAGUUCGUUUAACUGAGAAUGUUUGGGAUGAAACCUGGAAAGCUCCGUCAGGGAGGCCUGGCACUAGCUCAGGGUCAUUUCCCCCUGUGCUUCAUGAUGAGAGUGGAGAGGAUGACGUCUUCCUGAAGGAAAGCAAACCACAUCUGGAGGAGAAACCUGAACCAGAGAGAGACACAGCAAGGAUCAUUGAGCAGGAGGAACACAUUACGGGAGAAGAUGAAGAUAUCCUUGGGCCCGGGUACACGGAGGACUCCACCGAUGUGUACAGCUCCCAGUUUGAAACCAUUCUGGAUAACACUUCUUUAUACUAUAGCGCAGAGUCAUUGGAGACAUUGUACUCAGAACCUGACAGCUACUUCAGCUUCGAAAUGCCCCUCACUCCGAUGAUUCAGCAGCGCAUUAAAGAAGGCGGUCAGUUCUUGGAGAGGCCUUUGGGGGGAGGACAUCAGGACGUCCUGAGUGUCUCAGCAGAUGGAGGAAUAGUGAUGGGCUAUUCCAGCGGGGCCGCCAACGGGCUGAACGAUCCCAGCGACUCCAUCUACACGAGAGGCACCCCGGAGAUUGCUUUCUGGGGAAGCAAUGCUGGGGUGAAAACAACUCAGCUGGAGGCUCAUUGUGAAAUGGGGAGCACUGAAAUGGUGGAAAAGGAGACCUCAGAAAGUCUCAGUAACGGUACCAGCAGCAACGUGGACGCAGCCAAAAGGUUGGCCAAACGCCUUUAUCAACUAGACAGAUUCAAAAGAUCGGAUGUCGCAAAACACCUAGGCAAGAACAAUGAAUUUAGCAAACUAGUUGCAGAAGAAUAUCUGAAGUUUUUUGAUUUUACGGGAAUGACGCUGGAUCAGUCUCUCAGGUAUUUCUUUAAAGCAUUUUCUCUUGCGGGAGAAACUCAAGAACGAGAGAGAGUUUUAAUACACUUUUCAAAUAGAUAUUUUUAUUGCAAUCCAGAUACCAUUGCUUCACAAGACGGAGUCCAUUGCCUUACCUGUGCAAUAAUGCUGCUCAACACCGACCUGCAUGGCCAUAAUAUUGGGAAGAAGAUGACCUGCCAAGAGUUCAUUGCAAAUCUCCAAGGAGUAAAUGGGGGUGUUACUUUCUCCAAGGACCUGCUGAAAGCUCUGUACAACUCAAUCAAGAAUGAGAAGCUUGAAUGGGCCGUAGAUGACGAAGAGAAAAAAAAAUCUCCCUCGGAAGGUACGGAUGAGAAGGCUAAUGGAACACAUCCUAAGACCAUCAGUCGAAUUGGGAGUACUACCAACCCGUUUUUGGACAUUCCUCAUGACCCAAAUGCUGCUGUGUACAAAAGUGGCUUCUUGGCUCGGAAAAUCCAUGCAGAUAUGGAUGGAAAGAAGACUCCAAGAGGAAAGCGAGGAUGGAAAACCUUUUAUGCUGUACUGAAGGGAACAGUUCUUUACUUGCAAAAGGAUGAAUAUAAGCCAGAAAAGGCCCUGUCUGAAGAGGACUUGAAAAACGCCGUGAGCGUGCACCAUGCGCUGGCAUCCAAGGCCACGGACUACGAGAAGAAGCCAAACGUGUUCAAACUUAAAACUGCUGACUGGAGAGUCUUGCUUUUUCAAACUCAGAGUCCAGAGGAAAUGCAAGGGUGGAUAAACAAAAUUAAUUGUGUUGCGGCCGUAUUUUCUGCACCACCAUUCCCAGCAGCCAUUGGCUCUCAGAAGAAGUUUAGCCGUCCACUUUUGCCUGCCACUACAACAAAAUUGUCUCAGGAGGAGCAGCUGAAGUCUCAUGAAAGCAAGCUGAAGCAGAUCACCACCGAGCUGGCCGAGCAUCGCUCAUAUCCCCCCGACAAGAAGGUUAAAGCCAAGGACGUAGACGAGUACAAGCUAAAAGAUCACUAUCUGGAGUUUGAGAAAACCCGUUACGAAAUCUAUGUCAGCAUUCUCAAAGAAGGAGGCAAGGAGCUCCUGAGUAAUGAUGAAAGUGAGGCCACGGGACUGAAGAAGUCGCAUUCGAGCCCUUCGCUGAACCCAGAUUCAUCUCCAAUCACUGCCAAGGUCAAGCGCAAUGUGUCAGAGAGGAAGGAUCACCGACCUGAAACACCAAGCAUUAAGCAAAAAGUUACUUAGAAUCCAUCUGCGGCCAGGAAAUGCUGGUCAUGGAGCAAAAUUGGGUUUUUCAAGAUCUUUCUGGUAAUCCGUGAAUAUAUUUAAAAAAAAAGUUGGUGACAAAAUGGUGCAUUAGUAACUUUUUCUAUUGUAUAUUUUUUUUUUUUUAGUUUCUGUACAGAUUGUCUUUGCUCUUUAUUUCUUUGCUUUGAUGAUUUUUUGCAACUUGAGAACUAAUGCACCUUUUUUGUGAGGGGUGGGAUCGUGAUUUCCGAGUAAAUUAUGUAUCCAUUCCCCUUUGGUUUUCUCGUUUGCACUCUGCUCAGUUGUCUUAUGUAUUCUCAAAUCAACUGUUUGACUUUUUUUUAAGGUUAAACGAUUGAAUCCAUUGUGAAACACUUAACUGGACAAACUGUAGUUUAGUAAAUUCUAGCCAGAGUUAAUAUAAGCCUUUAUAUGUGAAAUCUUGCCCAGUCACAGAGGUGGAACUGAGCGCUCACAGACGCUCAAGUCAGAAUUGCAAUGCUGGGAAUGAAGAUGUUCCAAGGUGACACAGCUCCGCCUGCAUCUCGGCACUCCUUGCUGAGUUCUGACCCUGCUGGAAGCAGGGAAAGGGCGCUUGAAGACCACAGGACUGCAGAUCUUAGGGAAACACAGGAGAUUGCCUAAGUGUUGAUUCCUCUUCAGCUGAGCAAGGGAAAGAAGUGGAGUCAUUUUGCCAUUGAACAUGAGAAAAGAGAGAUACCGGGUUACUUUGGUUCCCUAAAGGAUAAUGGUGAUGUUUAGCUCUUGGAGAGCUGUAGCAGUGGGCAUGUUUGGUCUGCAGAGAAUUGAUACCUCACUCCCACAGGGUCUAGGCUGGGAAUCCAGAAUCAUCUCUGUUGUUGAUACCCUUCUAUUCUGGAAUAAAUCCUUUUUUAUGCUACAUGUAUAUGUGUGGGCAUCAACUGGGUUUUGACCUGGUAGUGAUAGUGGGGUCUUCCUUCCUAACAAAAUAAUACUGAAAAUGGAACCCCUUUUGUUCUUUCCUUAAGGCCAGGCAAAAUAAGGGAGGAAAAAGUAGCUGCAGUUGUCUGCAAUGGAUGUGGAUUCCUUUAAAUAAAUCUGAAAGUAAUUGAAAGAAUUGUGGUUGGAAGACCGAGGGAUCCCCCAGUUGCAUAGGGAUCUGCCAGUUGCAUAUGCAAAAUGACUUAAUUUAUUCCUAUCGUCAGCCUCUUUGGCAGCCACUUCACUUUGCUACUAUUGAACUUUCUCCUAAAAAUACUUCAUUUUAAAUCAAAUCUUUCUAUUUACUCAAAAUAAUUCUAUUAACCUCACAGUCACAAGAUUGUUCCAGUUACAUCCCCUUUGAAAUCCAGGGUGAUAAACAGAAUAUUAUUUUGUAGAGUAAGAGAAAGGAGUAAAAAUGUAGCCCACUGUGACUUAGAAGUUUCUGAGUUCCAAUCAUUGAAACUCCACAAUCCCUAAAGCUGUCAUCUCUACAAAUGGCAGAACUUCAGAGCUAAUGGAAUCACCUUGAUUAUUCCUUUUCCUCACGUAGAAAUUUUCUCUAGUUCUACUUGGAUUAUGAGUUGAAGGUACUAUGACCAAAGAACCAGCUGCUCUGCAGGCACAGCGUGGUUCCAGGGCACUAGAGAGAACCUGCCAUGAUACCAUGGUCGCUUCUAAGUGGUAUAUCAUUACGACGUACCAGAAUUUAUUUACAGAAUUAUUUAUUAACAUUUAUUUUCUUCACUUAUAUAAAUGUCUGUGUUUGCUGGUGUCCAGAGAAGAGUUACCCCUCUCUAAGGUCCUAGUGGCUUGCUUUGUGAUAAGUAUUUUGCCACGCCUUUGAACAACUCGAACCCUCCAUCUCGUUUAGGUAAAGGCAAUGACUAAAUUUAUGUUUCAGAACUGCAGAGCAAGCAUGGUGGUUACACAGAUGGACCGUGUACCUGAUUAAUUUUUGUAGCUUCUUACUAAAUCCUAGAUUUCCACAAACAAGUUGCCUUUCUUAAUCUAAAUGAGCUGCAUAUUUGUUUUCUACUAAGCAGAGGGGAGAGAGGUACCUAGACCACGUCAUCUAUGAGUUUCAAUAACUGAAGAAAAAUUAACUUCCCUGACUGGCUUGAAUGUGUGUGCCCACAGUGUGUGUCUGUGUAUAUAGAAUGUAGCUGUGUGUUUUACUUGUGGUAUUUAAUGUACAUUGAAUGGUACCUUGCUACGGUAUUUCUAGCAUAGUCUUGAAAUACUUGCUAGCAUCAGCGCCACUACUGCGCUGUUCCUGCCGUGACUCACCAAUGUUAACGCUGGGGAAUUCUGGAUAAUGUGAAUAGAUUAUUGGAUAAGAAGGGCUCUUUUGAAGCUAGGGUAUACCAUGUUUGCAUAGUGGAUCUUUCAAGACAACUUGAAAGGUUCUUUUGUGAGCCAGAAUCUCAGAUUGCCAGACAGGGCUGAGAACGCCUCUGAAAGGUUGCUGUCUGUUGUCAGUGCGUAUAGCAGGCCAAGAGUGUGCCAUAGGGAGGGAACGGCCUCCAACUGGACUAGAUGCUGGAAUCUGGCCCAUAGCCAACCAUGUGAUGAUUCUGUGUGUAAACAUUUCUUUCCUAUGGUAUCUACUCAGAAGUUGGUGAUUUUUCCUUUCAGAGCUGGUCUAAGGCUUCUGCCCAGUUCACGGUACAGAGGAGUCCCCCAUCCACAUCCCUUCUCCAGGGACUCCCUCCUCCCCCUCCCCUACUCUCCUCUUCCCUCCUUAGUGCCCAAGGGCCUGAGGAUUUCUAUCCAUGUGAUAAAAUGUCCUUAUCCUUUUCACAUAAAUAUGCUCAAUAUCAAUUUUUAGUAUACACAAUGUAGGUAGUCAUCAAAAUACCUUGGAAAUAGUCUUGUUGCAAAAUUGUCCAUAUGAGUGGCCCAUAUAUAAAAUAUUUUCCAGUUAGGUGUCAGAGAUCCCAGGCUAGCCAUCAAAACUUAAUCUCUAGUAUGCAGAGUCUUUAUUUGAUUGCCAGACCAUAGGCAUUCCUGAAGUGCACUUUUGAAGAAAAAGGAAAAAUUUUUUCCAGUUCUUAGCAGUGUCUAAUUAAUCCAAGCAAUACUUUGAAGCAUGUUCACUAAUCUCAGUAAAACCAACAUGGGGGAGAGUCCUCUGAUGGAAGUAUAGCUCCUGAAUUGUAACCUUUUGUGUUGCUUGCAGGCAGAGAGUCUGGAAGCAUUUUCUCAUGCAAUGGUCUUGUGCCAAAUGCAAGACCCUCCGUGCUUCGCAGCUGUUACCCUAAUCCAGAAGAUGAGGACCAGUUCCUAGGCAGAAAUGAGAGGAGGGAAUUAAUUCUGGAAGAGGAAAAUCUGGCUGGCUUUCCAAAGCCAAGCUAGGUUUCUCUUUGACCCUAUGACCAAAUCAUAGAACUUCUGAGGCUGAAGAAGUAUUGACAUAACCAGCAGGGAAAAGAGGCUUUGCUGCCUAAGCACAAAGUGACAUGGAGUUUCCGCUGUCUUUUGUCAUGUACAGAUCAGGGAAGAUGUUCUUAGAUAAGGCAGGGCCUGCUCUGUCAGGAGCUGUACUUCUUCUGGGUCUUUUUACGUAACAUUGACUCCUGGAAGAAAAUUGACCUUAAUGAAGUUUCUCCAUUGUCUCACUAGCAAGAUCUUCUAGGGUUUAGUUACUUGCCCUUGGAGAUUUGAAUCCCUCCAGCAUUUUCCUUGUAGUCAGCAGUUCAGCUUGUUUCAGCCUGAAUUCACAGGGAGUCUCUUGGCUCUGUUAGGUCCAGAUCUCUGCAGUUGAACUCUUGUGCACUCAAGUUUUGAGCAGUGAAUGAUCAGAUCCCCUUGGCUUUUCCAAUUGUAAAACUAGCCCUGUAAAACCAAGAACCAAAGUGGCAUCUGAGGACUUGUUCAAAAGUAGAGUUGAGUUUGUCAGUAAUGGUGCAACAUGGGGUUUAAAUAGUAUCUGCUUCUCUUUUGAAACACCUGAAGUUACUCUGACAGAAAAAGACCAGUCUGCUUUGCGGGCACAUGAGCCUCUGGGCCCCCUGCCUUGCUUGCUCGGCAGCUUUCUGGCCUUCUUCUCUCUCAGGCCAAGCUCCUGGUCUGCCCCAGGUCACAGAUUUCCCUCCACUAGUCUCUUGACAUCUUUCAUCAUCAAGUCAUCCAAGGAACUUGAGAAAUCACUACAGAAUAAUCUCGGGAUAGAUGUCGCUGGCGACAGAGAGGUGCGUUGUCACUGCUGUUCCUCUCGGAUGCCUUUUCCAUCUCUCACCCCUUAGAGGAGGAUUGAAGUCCAGAGUCAUCUCCUUUUGCGCCUGCAGUAUCCAACACCUAAGUGGGCAGUUUUCUGCCUAGGACAAUGACUGGCCCAUUGCAUGUAGAGAGAAUGUCUUCCGAGAGAGAAUGCUAGUAAAUACUUGAAUCUGCAUGAUAGUUUGUUGACUUGAAUGCAACAGCAAGAAAAUAUUGCAAGUUAAUUGUACAUACAGUAGGUCCCCUUAAGUCUCUUGGCUCAUCCUUUGUAAUGUGUGUGUGUAUCUGCAGUAUUACAGGUUUUUGGAGAAUAUUCUUACAGAUAGUCAGGCAUCAAAGAAAAAGCUUUCCGUCACCUGCCAGUGUUGUGUUUGUGGGUAUUUAUAAUUGUACGUGUGUAUAUGCCUCAAUGUGUAGAUUGUGUACCAGUAUAUAGUACAUGUACAUCAAAAUUAUUUUUGUCCUUAAUAACCAGUGUGAUACAAUAAAGCAAGUAAAAACCUCAUAGGAUCGAUAAUACAGUGAAGUUGUUGAGAGUAUAUAUAGUGAUAUUGUUUUAUGAAACUUAAAUUCAAAUGAUAUUUUGAUUAAAUUUUUUAAAUAAGACUUUAUGCUGGAAAAUUCUGUCUUUGAGCUUUGAAUCACCAGGGCAAAAAAUGACCUUGAACUGACCUUGUGAAUCUAUUGCAGCGUACUGUGUGCAAUACCGAGGGCAUAGCUCCUUAUAAUUUGGGAAAUACAGAAAGAAAAGGAGAAAAAAAAAAAAAGGGCAGCCUGUACAGUCUUAGUAUCUUUAGUAUUAAGAGCACUUAAACAUAAAGUCAAAGUGACAAUUUGGGGCUUCUUACAAAAUGUGAUGCUUUAAAGCACACGUUCUUUAUUGUUGUAAUUAGUCCAGAAAAAUACAGCUUUCAGAAGAAUUCACUAAGUACCCACCGUAUCAUUUAUGUAUUUGUGUGUAUUUUGCAGGAGAUUAAAUCGCCCUCCUGGUGCCGCGUCAUAACCUCUUUUCUUUGAAGAAAUAUCACAAGCACUAACGUACAUCAGGGCAUCCCCAGACUGGGUACUGUAUGCUAGGUUCGCAGUUGUACAAAUUAGCAUCUAGUGUCAGAGGUAAGAAUUUUAGGACCAGGUUUAAACUUUAUUUGAAAUAUUUUUAUACUUCCGUCUCUUUUUCCUGCCUCUCCCCAAAGAAGAGCCACUGGCCUUAGUUGUUUGAGCUUAUUGCUUAUAUUAUAGAGUGUAAAUAGAUAACUAGAGACUUAAAUUUUAUUAACCAGCAUGUUUGGUGUAUUUAAAGCGAUGGCUGAGUGUGGUUGAGUGAGUGUUUGAGUGCAGUGUCUUCUGUUUAAACACACUGCCUCGUGUCUUUUCUAUCCGAUUCAGAGAAUUGGAAUUGUGGGGUGGGAGACUAAUCUUCAGCUCCAGGCUACAGUAGUGUGUUGGUAGUUACACUUGAGUUUUGCCUUUUUUUUUUUUUUAAUUCACUCUUUAGUCUCCAACUAUUUUUGCAAAUAUAUCAUUUUUCCUAAUUUCUUCUUGACGUGCAGUGGACUGGCUCUGUGACUGAGCAGCAGGGUCUUAGUUUUGCAAGAAUAUUUCCUUCCAGGAAUUAUUAUGAUUUGCAAAAACAGCCAUUUGAUUCAGAAAUCAUAUAGAAAAAAGGUGUAGCAGAAAUAAAACGUUUUAUUUUGGGCCUUAAUCAUUUGCAAUGUUUGGACUUAAUGUAAAGCCAUGGAGGUUAUGAAGCCGAGUAACCAUUAAACAUGAAUGAUAAUAUCUACUUCAUAGAGACUAUGUAUGCACAUUGAUUUUUAAUGCCGUUAGGAUACUUUUUUUUGAAGCUAUAGGAACAAGAGUAAUUAGACCAAAUUGAAUUGGGGGGAUGGUAAAUGGGUUCCUUUCCAUUUGGGGUAACCAUGCAUGUGGUCAGUCCUCUGCUCCCGAAAGAUUCAGAGCCAGUUUACUGUCCCCUUAGGUGUGUAAGGGAGAAAGUUGAUGUGUCUGGGACCUCUGACAUGUGUACACAGGCUUGCACACGUGCACACACAGUGAAUGUGUUAAGUUAUACAAACAUAAGACUUAAGAUACAAAGGGCCAGAGUCUUCCAAAGAGCUGGAGGGGAGUGGAAACUGCACGAUGGAAACUGCAUGAUGGAUGUUUUCCAAGGGCUGGGGUGGAAUCUGAGCUCUAGUAUCUCACUUUUUGAGAUGCACUGUGUGUUUAACAAAUAAGUGGGGGUGGUGGUGCAUACCUUUCUAAAGGAUCACCAAAUGGAAGGCUUUCUUGUAAUUUAUAAGCAGACCUCUCAGCGUCCCUCCGUAGCCUGGGUGAUGUUCUAGAAAGCCAGUGUGUGUCCUUUUCCAAGGUGGCAGAGCCAUUUGCUCUACAGAUCAUUCCUCUGAGAAGACGUGCAUGUGGAAAAACAGGGAGGCCCCGUUCACAGGAGCCCUGGCGUGGAUUGUCCACGCUCCCCCCCCACACACCGCCCACCCAGUGGACUGGUAAGAGAGCUCCUGGUAAAUAUGCUGAACAGUUGAGCACUUUUCCACAAGCAACCACAGCCGGGCUGAAAUGGGAAGGCUUCUGGCAGGGCAGAGAGUUAACUUCUCACCCAUAGUGCUAUUCAAAUAAACACCUUAACUUCAAUUCCUGAAAAUGUUGGUUAGUGGAGAGAAUUUCGGAGUUUCUAAAUAAGUCUUUAGAGGCUCCUAGGAGAGUCCCCAGUCCAAGGCUUGAUCAAGGACCACCUUGCAGGACUGAAGUUGGCUGGGCUCUGCAGAAAGUGAUCCUGUAUCUUCUCAGCCAAGGGAGCUUCUCUGCCAGCCUCGCCCUCCACUUGGGCUUCUACUGAGCUGCAGCCACAUCCUGGGUUUGAAUGUUCCUUCUCUGGCUCUGGGGUUCCCAGUGUGCCGACCAGGUGACCCUGGCGAGGCAAGAUAGCCACUCUGACUGAAGCGAAGGCCACCUAUUUUGCCUGUGCAAGAAACAAACUAGCACAUUGAAUUCCAACCAGGGAGGGAAGAUACCUUUGCCUUCGCACCCAGAUUUCUGAUGUUUCAUUUUGUAACAUCACUGAACUUUUUGCUUAGCAGCUCUGCUCAGUCAGAGGAGAACUGUUUGGGUAAUGGCCUUAAAUGCCUCCCUGCAGUCUCCUCUGCCUCAAGUUUUAGGAACCCAUUUCUAGAACAGAAAUGUACACAAGUGGAGAAUCUGCGUAGUCAGCCUUGAUUACCAUUAAGAUUGGCAGAAGGACAGUAAUUUGAAUUUUUUCAAUUUGAAACAAGCCUUUAACUCUUCUAGCCUAUUAAGCGGGUUACAUUCACGGUGGCUCAAACUGAUUGGCAUUGUAGAACAUUUCUUUACCUUCAAGAUUUUCUCCACCCACCAAUCAUUUCAGUUUCAUUGCAGUCCUGGUGCCAUAUGUCCCCUGCAAAUUGUGAAAGUAAUUAGUGAUAAAAUAGCAGCCUGCUCCUUUCCAGUGGCCAAACUGUCAGCAUUAGCAGACUUGAGUAAGCUAGUGGUACCAUAUCAUGUCCUGGAAACCUGUUCCUUAUUCCACCCACCACAUUCAAGAAAUGCCAUCUCCUAGAAGAUGACGGCAUUUAUGGUGGUUGUCUUUUGAAUGGAACAGUAAUUUGUGUGGAUAUUGUUAAAGCAUUCAAAGAAUAUUUUGAAAAUUAAGUUUACAUUUUACAAUUGCUUUAUUUUUAUUAAAAUAGAUGUACAUAAAUAUCACCCUAUUUCACUGUUGGUAAAACCUAAACCUUGUAGACAAGUGAGUCACUGAUAUGAAGCUGUGAUAUAUACAGUACAUUUAUUGUGUAAAUGUUUAUGAAUACAACUGUUCCCAUGUUUUUAUAAGUUGGGGGUAUUGUUUCACGACAACAAAAUUUAUUGCAUUUAAAUGGUUUUUAUGUAAUAGAAAUAAUGCAAAAUAGUGAAGGAUUUAAAAUAUGUAUAUGACAUAUGUAAAUGUACUUUAGGAAGAAAUAAAUUCAACAAAUUUCAAUCA